AUGAUGGAUAUCAACACACAAAUACACAAAUCUUCCUCUUCAGCAGUCAAGAGAGUGAAAUCUAAGCAUGGAGACUAUGGUAAGCAUUUUGAAUGCGACAAAGGCAGCAGUUCAUUUGCAACCAAUCGUGGGUUGAGCAUGCAUUUGAAGUGUCAUAAAAAAGGUGAAAGGAGUCCACCAAUAAGUGAGCAAAUGCAAAUUUCUGAAGCUUUCAUGCCAAGAAAUGAUGACCAAACAACUGAUGUGAUACAGAUAUCAGCCAAUGAUCUAGAGUUUGAAGGUGAGGGUCAAGACUUUCAGCCUUCCAAGACAAGGCCCUCAAAUAAACGGAAGGUGUGUGACUUUUGCCAUAAGUCUUUUGCAAAUGCUCAAGUUUUAAAGACACACAUGCGAAGACAUACUGGAGAACGUCCUUAUUUUUGUACAUUGUGUGACAAAACUUUCACUCAGAAGAAUGGCUUGAUUGUACACAUGCAUACCCAUGCUAAUGAAGAAUUCAAAUGUCAAGAAUGUGGUGUAGUUUUCACCCAGCUGAGAAGUUUGAAGAGACAUUCCAAAUUCCAUACUGGUGAAGUUAAAAUGAAACGCAGUGCAUCAAGACUUCUCAGUGAAUUUAGAAUUAGAGUUCCUCAGGUAUUAUCUGAUAAAGGAGUAAAAAGCAAAUAUAAAAAUGUGUUUCGUUGCGACUUUUGCGGGAAGGACUUUAAUAAUGGAAGUCAGCUGAUGAUUCAUAGACGAGUCCACACCAAUGAACGUCCUUUUGAAUGUGGGAUUUGCCAGCGACGCUUCAAACAGAAGAUCACUUUACGAGAUCAUGAAAGUACUCAUUUCUCUGAGAAAUGUUAUAAAUGUGACCAAUGUGGGUCCAUGUUUAAACAACAAAGGACACUGAGGCAACACCAGAAAUUACAAAUUUGCCAGCAAAAGAUAAACAAGAGAAUAGAUCAAGAAGAGACAAAACUUGUAGUAAUGCAGUGUCAAGAAGAUGCUGGUGAGUCAGAUGCUGAUAUGUAUGUGCAGAACAUAAAUAAUUCAAAUGUAGAUUCUGAAAAAGAUGUGGCAAGAGAUAGCACUGAGAAUCAAGACAAGGUUAAGGUAGAGUGCUUUACUACAUGUAUUUUAGAUUGUAAACAGGGAACUAUGGAAAUAAUCCCAUGUGAGAAAGAUGUAGAACCUUACGUAAAUCAUGCAUCCACUGAAAAAGAAGAAGAUGCCAUUCCUAUGUAUGUAUGUGAGUAUUGUAGGAAGGUAUUUAAGACGAAGAGAAGUGUUCUUCAGCAUCAGAAAACACACUCUAAUGAAAGACCAUUUUCAUGUGGGAUAUGUUUGAAGACUUUCAAGAUGAAAUCAACUCUAAUGGAACAUAUAGAGAUCCACAAUGAUGGUAAACCUCAUCCUUGUCAAACUUGUGGUAAACAAUUUAAGACUCGCAAAUGUCUUCAGAACCAUAUGGGAAGGAACAUUUGUACAGGUACAAGACCUUAUGUUUGUGAAAAGUGCAACAAAUCAUUUAUGUACGUCAGAUUCCUUGAGAAGCACAGGUGUAGUGCAGCUGAACCCAAGACAUUUGAUUGUGAUGAAUGCUUGAGAAAGUUUACUCGCCGCAACCUCCUCACUGAACACAAGAGAGUCCAUACAGGAGAGCGUCCUUUGGAGUGUGAACAUUGUGGUAAGAAGUUUGCAAAGAGGGACCUAUUACGACGUCAUCGCCUAACCCACAAAGAGAAGCAGUUCCAGUGCCAGGAAUGUGGCAAGAGAUUGACCCGAAAGUCUGCUCUGCAGGUACACAUGGCUAUUCAUUCCAAAGAUUAUAAAACUCAUGUCUGUGAAAUUUGCAGUAAGACAUUCAAACAGGUCAGCUCAUUACAUAAUCAUCUCAAAACGGUGCACACCCUAAAAAGCUCACGUGUAGAAGAGACCAAGCCACAAGAAUAUAUAUGUGCUUACUGUGGAAAGGUAUUCAAGCACCUUCGAUGGAUGCUAAAGCACUUCUGUCCAGCCAGUGGUGUGAAGCGUUUUCAAUGUUCUGUGUGCAGUAAGUCAUUUGAUAAGAAGCAACAACUAGAGGUUCACACUCGCACACACACUGGCCUUCGUCCAUACAAAUGUGAAGAAUGUGGAAAAUGCUUCACUCAGACUAAUAGUCUCAAGGACCAUAUGGUCACCCACACAGGUGAAAAGAACUUCAAAUGUGAUCUCUGCAAUAGUGCUUUCACACGUAAGAAUAGCCUCCAAAGGCACAGACUUAUAAUUCAUGAGGGUGUUGAGCCAUUCAUAUGCAAAAAAUGUGGCUUAACUUUCAAAUACCAGAAAUCAUUUAAUGCUCAUGUAAAUGCGUGUGAAGUCGUAGCAAAAGAGCAUCCUGACUCUAUACAAACAGAGAUUGUUCAAGAUGUUGUAAAUGAUGAUCGUCAGACUGGUCAUGGUCCAGACUUUGAACAGCAAGUACUAGAUAAUAUUCUUGGUAACAUUGAGAGGGCUAUGAAUGGUGCAGGUAUCGAGAUCAGGCCUGAUGUCCAAUACCAGAUAAUAGUUGGUGAAAGUGACAGUGAAGUUACUGUUCAUGUUACUGGUGAACCAAAAUUGGAAUCACAAAGUACAAUAUGUGACAACUAAGUAUCCUGUUAGACACAGGAAGUGAAAUUCCUUCUUAAAUUUUGCAUUGAGAGAUUCAAGAUCCUUCAUGUCAAACUUAAAAAAAGAGACCUCUGCAUAUUUGAAAUUUAAACCAAAGAUGGGUUCAGGCUCAGUGAAAUUAAGAUAUGUUAAAGUUAAUGGGUAACUCUAAUAGUCCAGGGAGGGGGCCUCAAAAUUUUUACGAUUUAAAUCUGUAACUUAAUAGAGUUUUGUUCCGUGUUGUCUCAUGACCACGUACUUUAAUGUCUUGUGAAGCUUUUGACACCACAUUUGCAAUGCACAUGUACAUGGUUAAAAAAUCAUGCAAUGUUAUGUAAGUACAUGUCAGACCCAUUGCUGAAAAAUAUGAUUUCAUUUACACAUCAAUGCAAUUCUUUUUCAAGACAUAUCAUUAUUUAUACCUCUCGUGAUUAAUUUUAUGUGAUUUAUGAUUGGAAAAUAAUGAAUAUCAGGUAAAUAAAACAAGUAAAAAUAAUAGAAAGAAAGCCAUAAGAAAUGUCAAAGCUACAAAAUAAACAUGGAAACAUUGAUAUUAACAAUUUUUAAAGAGUCCCUGUACCCCCAAGUAGUAGUUCAGGGGCUUUAUUUACAGAUAUACAGCCAAAUUAUGAUUUGAUACAUAAAUUAGUAUAAUUCUUAUUAUAUUUAGUAAAAAAAAUUGGCUAUGCAACCUAAUAGAUUACCUGAUUUUCUACCAUUGUUACAUUUUCUUUGGUCACAAUUGUGUUUCAUACCUGAGAUCUAAUAUGACCGUCCUCAUGACUGACAAUAGAAAUGCCAAGGGACUAUUGGGGUUUAGUUUAUGUAAUUGUUUUAUCUUAUAACUUUUAAGGUAUUUUUGAGCCAUAGUCUUGAAUAUUGGUGUUAUUAUACCUUGCAUUCUAUCAUGAUUUGAGUUUGGGUAAAGACCACAACAAAUAACCAAUAAGUUUUUUGCUCCUUUCCCACAUAUCCUUUGACUUUCACUACAAGACAAUGAGCAGACAAUAUUUAUUUACAAUCAUACAGGUUAUUAAUCUUGUUUAACAGAGAGUUUGAUUUUUUUUUUGUAAAGUGAUAGACCUUUGGCAUGUUUUUGUUGCAUCUAAAAAGUAGCUAGAAAACUAGAAAAAUUGCCAAAAGUGAAGUUUGCACAAUUCUUCAAUUAAAUACAGGAAAAAACCUCUGGUCAAUUAACAUGAGUUUUCAGCAUUCAAUAAAGUUUAACAAUGUUUAAUAGUUUUGGAACACCUUGAGUUAUACUAUAUAGUCCAUUCCUGUCAAUGUUAGUUUAAAUUGGAUCUUCUUAAAUGAAAAUACUUUUUCAAAAUUUGUUCACAAGCAUUUGAAUGCAAAGUAUCAUAUUUGUCAGAAUUUGAUUAGAAUAUUAAACAAUCCACUCCCAGCAAGACCAAUGAAAGUUUGGGAUAGAAGAAAAGGUCAUCAUUCAUCUAUAAAGUUAUGCAUACCUAAGAGCUUUUAUAAACACUUCCUGAAUUAAUAUGGUUCAUUCAUACACAGUGCAAUCAAAUAUUUUGUAUGUUUAGUCAGUUGGCUAUUAGGUGACAUACUGUAGGCCCGUUAUACAGAUGUGUUGAGUUUUAAGCCGCCUCUGACACUGGUUUUGACGCUGCCUUCACACCUGCAAUUUGGGAAGUGAUACAAAAUACGCCGAAAGAGGACUAAAGGCGCCUCAAGAUUAGUAACCUUCCCUGAGACACAUAGCCGGCCUCACAUUGCCUAUUCAUGUGACACAAGUUGCUGACUUUUUAUGUCAACAUUUUACAUGUAUAUUGUUUGUUAUAAAUAAUUGUGGAGCGUUGUGGCCCAAUGUCCAGAUUAUUCUCUGGACUUUGAAACAGAGUGUGGUGGGUU